AUGCUGUUCUCGCGGGACGCCUCGCGCCGACCACACACCACCUCCCCUCGUCACCACCUUCCCUCGUCACCACCUUCCCUCGUCACCACCUCCCCUCGUCGCCACCUCCCCUCGUCGCCAGAUCCACUCGUCACCACCUCCCCUCGUCGCCACCUCCCCUCGUCACCAGCUCCACUCGUCACCACCUCCCCUCGUCACCACCUUCCCUCGUCACCACCUUCCCUCGUCACCACCUCCCCUCGUCACCACCUCCCCUCGUCACCACCUCCCCUCGUCGCCACCUCCCCUCGUCACCAGCUCCACUCGUCACCACCUCCCCUCGUCGCCACCUCCCCUCGUCACCAGCUCCACUCGUCACCACCUCCCCUCGUCACCACCUUCCCUCGUCACCACCUCGCCUCGUCACCACCUCCCUUCGUCACCACCUCGCCUCAUCACCACCUUCCCUCGUCACCACCUCCCCUCGUCACCACCUCGCCUCGUCACCACCUUCCCUCGUCACCACCUCCCCUCGUCACCACCUCCCCUCGUCGCCACCUCCCCUCGUCACCACCUCCCCUCGUCGCCACCUCUCCUCGUCACCACCUCCCCUCGUCACCACCUCGCCUCGUCACCACCUCCCUCGUGACCACCUUCCCUCGUCACCACCUCCCCUCGUCACAACCUCCCUCGUCACCACCUCCCCUCGUCACCACCUCGCCUCGUCACCACCUCCCCUCGUCACCACCUCGCCUCGUCACCACCUCGCCUCGUCACCACCUCGCCUCGUCACCACCUCCCCUCGUCCCCACCUCGCCUCGUCACCACCUCCCCUCGUCACCACCUCCCCUCGUCGCCACCUCUCCUCGUCACCACCUCGCCUCGUCACCACCUCCCCUCGUCACCACCUCGCCUCGUCACCACCUCCCCUCGUCACCACCUCCCCUCGUCACCACCUCCCCUUGUCACCACCUCGCCUCGUCACCACCUCCCCUCGUCACCACCUCGCCUCGUCACCACCUCGCCUCGUCACCACCUCCCCUCGUCACCACCUAUCCUCGUCACCACCUCCCCUCGUCACCACCUCCCCUCGUCGCCACCUCUCCUCGUCACCACCUCGCCUCGUCACGACCUCCCCUCGUCACCACCUCGCCUCGUCACCACCUCCCCUCGUCACCACCUCCCCUCGUCACCACCUCCCCUCGUCACUACCUCCCCUCGUCACCACCUCGCCUCGUCACCACCUCCCCUCGUCACCACCUCGCCUCGUCACCACCUCCCUCGUCACCACCUCCCUUCGUCACCACCUCCCCUCGUCACCACCUCGCCUCGUCACCACCUCGCCUCGUCACCACCUCCCCUCGUCACCACCUCGCCUCGUCACCACCUCGCCUCGUCACCACCUCCCCUCGUCACCACCUCGCCUCGUCACCACCUCCCCUCGUCACCACCUCCCCUCGUCGCCACCUCUCCUCGUCACCAUUUCGCCUCGUCACCACCUCGCCUCGUCACCACCUCCCCUCGUCACCACCUCCCCUCGUCACGACCUCCCCUCGUCACCACCUCCCCUCGUCGCCACCUCUCCUCGUCACCACCUCGCCUCGUCACCACCUCCCCUCGUCAUCACCUCGCCUCGUCACCACCUCCCCUCGUCACCACCUCGCCUCGUCACCACCUCGCCUCGUCACCACCUCCCCUCGUCACCACCUCCCCUCGUCAACACCUCGCCUCGUCACCACCUCCCUUCGUCAGCACCUCGCCUCGUCACCACCUCCACUUUUCACCAGCUUGCACUUCAAUAACCGGCAGGCUGUGUGUUCUGACGUCUCUGCCGGACCAUUAAGUAACCAAGUUCUACCCCACGCCUAA